GCCACAUUUCCAACAAGGAAACAAAUAUUAUCCAGGAGCUGUCCGCUUUAAGCGAAACUAACAUCGGCCCGAUUUUAUAGUUUUUUUAAGUUUUGUUGAACGUUUUUAUAUUGACAGAUCAAUCAAAAAUGUUUAUCGCGGACAUUAGAAAGGAAUUUUAUGAAGUUGUGGCCAACCAGCGAGUUGCCCUCCUCGUUGCAGCAGAUAUUGACGCUCUUUGCGCUUGUAAGAUAUUACAGGCUCUUUUCCACUGCGAUCAAGUACAGUACACUCUGGUGCCUGUUACUGGAUGGCAGGAUCUAGGCACAGCUUUCCUUGAGCACAAAGAACAGUUUCGCUACUUCGUUCUUAUUAACUGUGGAGCUAAUGUGGACCUCCUUGAGAUGCUGCAGCCUGACGAUGACACCAUAUUUUUUAUUUGUGACACCCACAGGCCAGUAGAUGUGGUCAAUGUCUACAAUGACAGCCAGGUGAAACUAUUGAUCAAACAAGACGACGACCUCGGUGUGCCUUCCUAUGAUGAUAUCUUUAGAGAUGAAGAGGAGGAAGAGGAUGAUUCUGGGAAUGAGAGUGAUGAAGGCUCAGAACCAUCUGGCAAGAGGAAACGAUUUGAUGAGGGUGCAAUGGAAAGAAGAAUUGAACGACAACGAGCGAAGAGGGAGUGGGAAGCACGAAGAAGGGAAAUCCUCUUUGAUUAUGAGCAGUAUGAAUAUCAUGGGACUUCUGCUUCCAUGAUGUUUUUCGAACUGGCUUGGGUUUUAUCAAAAGACACCAAAGACAUGCUCUGGUGGUCCAUCAUUGGUCUCACAGAUCAGUGGGUUCAUGAUAAAAUCACACAUAUGAAGUAUAUUACAGAUGUUGCUACUUUACAACGCCAUGUGUCUCGUCAUAAUCACAAAAAUGAAGAUGAAGAAAACUCUCUCUCCAUCGACUGUAUGAGAAUAUCAUUUGAAUAUGAUCUACGUCUUACUCUUUACCAGCACUGGUCUCUUUAUGAAAGCAUCUGUAAUUCCUGUUACACGACGUGUAAUUUCAAAUUAUGGACUCUCAAUGGGCAGAAAAAGCUUCAGGAGUUUCUUGCUGACAUGGGUUUACCUCUCAAGCAAGUAAGGCAGAAGUUUAACUCCAUGGACAUAUCAAUCAAAGAAAAUCUUAGGGACAUCAUUGAAGAAUCUUCCAAUAAAUACGGCAUGAAGGACAUCCGCAUCCAAACAUUUGGGGUCCACUUUGGGUUUAAGAACCGCUUCUUGGCCAGCGACAUGGUCCAUGCUACAGCUGCUGUGCUGGAGAGCACGGAGAAAGACGAGAAUGACGGCGAUAACUUCAUUAAAGCUCUUGAUUCCCUGUCCAGAAGUAACCUUGAAAGACUUCAUUCAGGUAUUGACUUGGCCAAAAAGAAGCUGAUGGCGAUUCAGCAAACUGUGGCAAGCUGCAUCUGCACGAACCUCAUCCUGUCCCAGGGCCCUUUCCUCUACUGCUAUCUUAUGGAGGGGACUCCCGAUGUGAAGCUCUUUUCAAAGCCAUUGGCGCUAACACUGCUCUGCAAGUACCUCCUCAAGGCUUUUGUCCAAUCUACAAGAAAUAAACGCUGCAGACUGCUGCCUCUGAUUAUGGCUGCUCCAAAGGAUAUCGAAAAGGGAACUGUCAUUGUGGCUGGAAUUCCACCAGAAUCGGAAACAUCAGAUAAGAAAAAUUUUUUCGGUCGAGCUUUUGAGAAAGCAGCAGAGAGCACCAGCUCCAGAACUCUGCACAACCACUUUGACACUUCAAUAAUUGAGCUGAAAAUGGAGGACAGAAGCAAGUUCCUGGAUGCACUUAUUACUCUACUGUCCUGAAAACACUUCUGUCUGGAGUCUCUGUACUUGUAUAUGUGUAAAUGUUUUUAAUUGCCCUUUUAUCCGUUUAUAUGUCAGAAUUGCAUUUUUUUAUGAAUGAUGUUUUAUGUAUUUAAUAAACUUUUAUGUUCUGACUGCA